GACCGUGCGUGAGCAAGCGGGUAGGUCUGCUGAUUAACUCAUUUCAUCCGGUCUCUUGCUCAAUGUCGUCCCUCAUCAAGCACUCGGUGUAUGCGGCCACACGCGCCGAGACCUGUGACGAGGGCAACGAGGCGACAACUGUUGACGAUAAGUUGAUCGGCGUUAGCGACUGGCCGGUGUCUGGCAGCAGAGUGUCCUUAGAGGGAGGUGUAGGCAGGUGAGAUGUCACGGACUGGUGAGGUAGGCUUCAUUUCAUGCUUGAAACCUUAGCUUCUUCUCCGAAAACGUGUCACGAGCCUUAGAAAAUAUUAUAUGCUUGACGAAUAUAGUAUUCUUCAACCAAUUUUAUCAUCAUCAUCAAUCAUCAUCAUCAUAAUAAUAAUAAUAAUCAUCAGCAUCAGCAGCAUCAGCCGCAAACAACACGCAGUAUAUGUUUACGCAAGUUUUUAAAAAUAAAAUUUAUUAAAUGUGUGUCGCUGGGGACGUAGUGUCAAACAUCACGUCCUUUAUGAGUCAUUUGGCAUUAAAAAAACAACUUGUGAACAAACAAGGUACAGGUAGUGGCAUGCGUCUGUAGUCCGACAUCCUUUGUUGCGUCUCGUUCAAGACGAGACUUCGACGAGAAAUGAAAGUUAUCUCAACUCCACCGGACCGUGCACGAAUUAACCAAGGGAUCAAGGGACCGAGGCACCGGUGUUAGCAUUUACAAGGAGCGAAGGGAAAAAACAGAACAAACAAAAACAAUAACAACAGAGGGCUGUCAAUAUGACGGGCAGUAUAGUGAUAGAUUAACUCACACGAAAGCCCGCCCUCGACACCACACGAUAAUAGCAGGUAGUUCAUUUUCUUUUAAGAAAAAUAGAUUUGCAGGCGCGAUCGACUUGCUUCACACACACACUAUUCUGCUGCAAGUGGCAGAUGGGGAGGCUGGCUUCAUUACCUUGCACUCUUGGGAUCUGUGGAAAUAAGACCAGUCUUCAUUGCUAUAUAUUGCUAAUCGAAAGUUUCUCUUACUCAUUUGCCAUGCAGUGCUUCCACCUUGUUUUUGUUUUGGUGGAUAUUGUUGUUGUUACAGAUGCAGUAUAUAUUACUUGACGUGUGAAUGUUAAAUACUGGAUAGAAAUAGCUUGGCGUGUGAUUAUUUAUAAACUGAGAAUUCUUUCUAAGUAUGAGGCCAAAGCACGCCCUGUUUGUGUUGCCUUAGUCAUCGGUGUGAAACUUUGGUUCCCCAGUCGAGAACAACGCGGAAAAACUACAUUUCUUGUGGAUAUUUGCGAAUCAGUCCUCAUCAGAUUUCUGCUAUGAAGCUUCCAUCUUUGAUGGACGGAUACUUGAAGCUGUCGACUUCUUCCAUCUGUUCUCUACUCAUGCCGAUCUCGGCUUUGCUGUGACUGCUGGCGUUGGCCAUGACUUUGCUAUGGUCAGUGUCGGUCCCCAUCUCAUAUGGUAGGCUGAGGGUGAAGUCUUGACAUUUGUUGUUGAUGUUGCCUUGAUCUCAAGGUCGUCUACAAAGUUUCAGGUACUUUCGAGUCUACCUGUGUUGGAGAGGGCAAUGUGGCAGUUACGGAGUGUUUCUUAAGAUGUUAAACAGUGCAUGUAAGUUCAUUGACGGACACCUGCUCUUGUUUUGAAAGAUUCUCUUGAUUGGUGAAGAGUAUUACACCUUUUGUUCUUUGUACAACUCCCUCUUGUUGUCUUCUCAUGUCAUGUCACGGUCCAUCCUACCCGACACUGUCAAAGGCCUUCUUAAAUUCAUUGUUCAUGAGUGAGUUUCGUGAAAAAUGGUAGCUUCGAUGUCAGUUCUGCAGUGAAUGAUUAUUCCCAGAAUGCCUCAGGCCUGGAACCCGGCAAACAGGGCGGGUUGGGGAGCCGGGGGGACGUCACGACACAUGAAAGUGGUCAACAGUUCCCUUGAAUCCCUCCACCGCAUCAGGGUCCGCAACUCCCUGGAAGCAAAGCUGUGCAGCCAAAAGAGGAGCUUUGUUGAGAGGGACACGGCCAUCAGCAACUAUCGGAUGCAGCAGGCACGACGCACCAUAAUAGAACGACAGAAGCGUUUGGUCGUCUACAAGCUUGUCAUACAGAAACAUCCCAUCAAGCAGCGCGCCGACUACCAGGCGGCUUUGAACGAUGACUAUUCUCUGCACGGUCUACGUCACGAGCUACGGAGCAUGCGCGAUGACAUUGACCCCAGGACUGUGCGCAAGCGCAGAAUUGACAAGAUGGUGAAGACCAGUUAUAACAGAUACAUGGAGACAGUGCUUCGCAACAGAGAGGUCAUUUAUAGCAUGUUUCCUGUGAAAGAACAGAGAGAUGUUGAAACAAAGGACGAACCGACAGCUUCUAAUGAAGGACAGCAAAUAACGGACAAGGAACAAGGGCAGGGAUGGACAAACUCACAAUUCGUUGCAGUUUCAAGUGGUGUAUCGGAGCCGCGCCAGCCAUUACGUGGACUUGCACGCGAGGCUCAGGAAGUGACGCUUCAUAUGAUGAAAGAAAAUGCUUGGUUAAAAAAGGCAGACAGUUUGUCACGUGAUUGUUUGACUUCCAGUAAAGAGAUGAACCCACGCCCAGUGCUGCCGCCGAUAAACCCGUGACUGUAACACGAGUUUUCCACAAGAAAGUACUUGUUUCGGUGAAGGAUAAUAUUUUUGUGAAGUGGUAACUGCACGUGUUUUAACUGGUCUGACAAUGUAAUCGAAAGUACAUAGGUCACAGAAAAACUCUCGACAGACGCAAUUGAUUAAGGGAGACAAACUCUCCAAAGAAAACUAUCAAAAUGAGAUUCUCUAUUGGAGCUGCCUCCCUUUAACCAUUGGCAUGAUGGAUUCGGGUUUUUUUUUUUUAAUUACUUUAAAAAAUGUAUCAGGAGAAUAAAAAGCUGGCAAAAAUUGUUAGCAAUAAAUAUGAUCUGUAUAUGUGAGAGCAUCAACGAUGAACGUGUUUCGGUGUACCCGUGUCUGUGGACGGGUUGCAAUCGCUAUUUCUCUCUCGCCGCACAUAGGAUUCCAGACGAGUUUUAUGUCACUGCAAGAGUAAGAAACCUGGAAAACACACUCAUCUGAGCCGGCUGGUCAUAAAAUGUCGAAAGGGCAAAAUCUACAGGCAAGAACCGACAACUGUGCAAGCCUUUACCGUCGCUUCAGUGCAGUCAUGAGUGAUAUUUUACAGCAGCUGAACAGUUUUUUACUUUUCUUUUUUGUGGAGGGCCCAAAAGUAUCACUGCACCUGUGAGACUGGUGUAAAGGAAGCAGCUCUCCGUAAAGACUAUUUCGACCGUCGGUUGUGGUUCACUUGGAGAGGAAGAUGAACGUAAACUGGUCUUGUUUGACCAUGUGACCCGGCAAAGGUGCUACAUUUUAAAUGCUACAUUUGAUAAAAGGAUAAACUAAAAGACUAUCUGAGGCAUCCGUGUCAACAUGUCGUAGGAAAAAUACAAGUCCCUUGGAGGGUUGGCGAAACCGCGGUGGUCAGAGAAAGAACUGGCUUACAAUCGUGACCGAGUGGACUGCUCGUCCUGUGCAAGACUUGCUCAGUUUCUUCCCGAACACAAGGAACGACUGACUGACUGUGAGACUAAUUGUAAAAGUAAUCUCUUGUGCUGUCUUAACUAAGCAGUAUUUGGACCAAAAUAUUUCUGCGCAUCUGCAUUCACAUCUCUAGCAUGUCUCCUUCCAGCACCCUCAUCCACCCCAUCCAGUGAUAUUUAAUUCUUUCAUAUCCACUCCAAAAACUCGGGUGUCCAGUCUCUCCCUCUCGGCGCGCUGGGGGCACGUGACA